AUGCAAUAUGAUGCGGCGCGGAUCUGUCUGGAUAGCGAUCGUUCACAGGGGCUGACAACCUCAGGAUGCAGCAAAGAGGAACUAUAUGAUGGCUCAAAAGGCCCCGGCUGCUUUGGUGCCAAAAACCAGCGGAUCCGGGCCAUAGCCGCUAGCUACGGCGUCGACCUCUGCCUCAUGGGCCGCACAGGCCUUUCGGGCAACUCGCACACGCUCAUUGCGCUGGCGCUCCAGCAACGAGGGCCGUCAGCGCAAUCGCGCGUGGUCGAGGCCCUGUUUCUGAGUCAUUGCAGAGGCGAAGAAAACGUCACCGACGACGAGUGGCUCGUCAAGGUGGGCACGACGCACGGUGGGCUGCAAGCGAGCGAUGUGAGGAGGCCGCUGAGGAGCGAAGAGGCGGGCGAGGAGAUCGACAACGAAGCGCAGGCUGUGGGACCUCAGCGGGAUGUCCGGGCAGUGCCCUGCGUGAUAGUACAGGGCAAGUACCCUGUCGGCGGGUACCAAGAAGAAGCUGUCCUUGGCAAGCUUUUUGAGAGUAUAUGGGCCAAUGGUGGAAGUUGA